GUAUUUGUUUUUUUGUUUAAUUAUUUUUAUGUUUUUUUCAUUUACAUUCCUGCAUCCCAUUUUCCUGAAUAAAUCAAUGAUUUUGUUACUAAAACAACUGUAAAUGUAACAAUAAUUGGUAUUCUUUUAUAUUUUCUCCCCCUUUCCUAUCUCUCUUUGCUUUCUCUUCUACUAUUUAAUACUUAUUGUGUCAUUGAUUUUAUCUAAUUUUUUUCUUCCGUUUUUCUUUCUUCGUGUAAUUUUCUUCCAUUUUAACUGUUUUUUUUCAUAUAUUUUCUGUCUCUCUUUCCCCAUCUUCAUCCCUUUGCCUUAUAUCCUUUGCUCCUCUGACUAACAUUACCAUUGGUUCUCCAACUAAAUAUUGUUGCUGCUUAUGUAUUACCUCUACUUUCCUUCUGCGGUUCCUCUUACCUCACUCUCUCUAUUGCUAUCUCAACUAUUGCUGCUGCUACUACUACUGCUUCGUCUUCUUCUUUUUCUUCUUCUUCUUCCUCUUCCUCUUCCUCUUCUAUUGCUGGUAUUACUACUACUAUUACUUACUAUGAUACCUAAUACUAUUACUACUGCUUCUGCUGCUACUACUCUUGCUCAUACUACUCCUACUACUGCAACUACUAUUAUUACUGCUACCACUACUACUACUACUACUACUACUACUACUAUUCAUUCUACUAAAACCACUACUAAUACUAAAACUCUUACUUUUACAAUUACCUUUUCCACUACUAUGUCUGCUUCUACUACCUGUGCUUUUAACCUUCCUACUUCAACUAUUACUGUUGCCUCUGAUAAUACUAUCCUUGCAACUACUACCAUUUAUUCUGUUACCGUUUUUUCUUUCUUUUUUUUUACUUCUUUGAUUACAUUUACUAAUUUACUACCAUUGUUGUUACUAUUUCAUUUUCUUUUUCUGCUACCACUACUACUGGUAUUCUAUAAUUUUUAUGUUUAUAUUGCUGCUGCAACAAUAUCCACCAUUACAAUCACUACUACUACACAUGAUACUUCAAUUUACUUCUUUUUCUGACAAUCUCUAAACUGCAAAUGAAAAUUUGCUAUAUUUUCAAACUACAAUUUUAUUUUUUUUCUCUCUCUCUUUUUUCUGUCAAAAACACAAACACAUAUAACUAAUACUACUGUAUCACUACCACCACAAACACCUACCAUCCACCACCAACUACCACCACCUCCACCUCGACCACCACAACCACCACCACCACCACAACCACCACUGCCGCCGUUCUACUGCUGUACUCCCGCUGCCUGCUGUAUCCCAUUGUCAAAGGAUUGCUUCCGCUAGGCCCAAAGCCGGAUCCACCGCGGAAUGUGACGGUCAGGAGGGUACAAGAUGAGUACCUAAUCAGCUGGAUACCACCCACCGACAAUUCAGUUCCUCCAGCCUACUAUGGCAUCGAAUAUCGAACGGAUGGGACAUGGAAGAAGCUCAAUGAUGAUCACAUUAUAGGUGCAACAUCGUACACAAUGAAGAAACUAAAAUCUGGAAAGAAAUACUACUUUCGGGUGUUUGCCAACACCCUCACGUCUUUUGCUUACUCGGAAGAAACAAUGUUUGUUGUUCCUGUUCAGAAUAAGGAGAAGGCUAUAACUGCAGCCAUAGUUGGCGGUAUUUUGUUCUUCAUUGUUGCCAUCAUCCUCUCAGUCUGCACAGUCAAGAUCUGCAACAAGAGGAAGAGGAGGAAGCAGGAAAAAGAACUACAAUCACAUAUUUUCUAUGACACAGCCUAUAACAUGGUUGACUGUCGGGUCACCGAGUCCAGAAAUGGCGGUCAUGGGUCCAGUCCUGUGCCUUUGAAAAAGUUACUACGGUGCGGAAUACCAUGUUUAAGGUGGGAGUGGGCUUGGGUGGCAGGUGUGCUGCUUGGGGGCCGCUUGCUAGACUCCACGGACAGCAGGCCUCUGGACUCCAGUCCUGCACCUCAAGACAUCAGUAGUGGGGGGCAAGACACAGCAGCAGGUUCCUCAGGUGAUGAUUACAGAGACUAUGGUGUGCAUCGGGGAAGACCAUUCCCUCGAGAUGUGUACUACAGUGUAAAGCUUGAGUACACUCAGCCACUCAGUAAGAUAUCCCGCACCACUGAUGGACGCUUUGUAUUAGACCAGGACAGUGAAGAGGGAGGGUUUACCUCUCCAAGGCGACCAGUACGUAGUGUAUCAGGAAAACAGACAAGUGAAGAACAAGAUCAACCUGGCCCCAGGUGGGUUGGAGAUGUGGGUGUGGAAAGUGGUGUUUAUCAUGUGCGUGCAGGAACAGCUAGUCGUCUUCACCACCGUCAGCCCCUUCCUCCGCGUCUUAGUCUUCGAUCUGAUGGUUCUGGCGCCAGUACACACGAAGAACCACGUGUAGUAAGCACUCAAGCAUUUCGGUCUAGUGGAAGAUUGGAAGCACCAACAACCUCUGUAUCUCUUGCAUCACCAGAAUUUGGUAAACAUGUCAUUCCAGAGAGUCCAGGAGACACUCUGUGGUCUCCACGAUCAAGACGUUUCAGAGCAUCUUCCCCAGGUCCACUAAGCUCAGAGUGGAACCAGUUAGCACAAUUAGCUUCAUUCAGUGAGGUGAGCAGUGUGCAACAACCAUCAAGUGUGGAACGAUCAUUUCCUUCAACUGUUCUUUCCUCUUUCCCUGAUUCAGCACAAGGAACACCAUCUGCACAUGGUGUUUCAUCUGCCAUUUCUCCUCCCAAUGAGGAAGAUGCUCUUCGGGUACUUCACCAGCGCUAUGCCCGACAGCUGCCACCUCUUUCUACCUCCCAGUUACACUCGGGACGACUUCUAGUGGGAGCACAAGUUCACUCCCCUCCAUCACACCUUCACCCACAGCUACAGGCUUGGGCAGCACCACCACACACUCCAGCCUGGACCACUCCUCGACGUCCCACUCGAGUGUGGCCCACAACCCGCCCAGUGAGUCAUCCUACACAUCCACCUGGCCGACCAGAGCUGACAGUGUUGGAGUCUGGCCAGCAUGUGCACUCACCUCCUCUGGUAAGAGCUGGCCAAGUGGUGCGGGAGGCACUAGGUCAUAUCCAGCCUCCACGCAUACCAGACAUACCACGCCACUAUGUAAACCUUCCUCCGAGACGCGACGCUUAUCAACGAAUACCGGGGCGGGACCCCCCCUAUUUGCUCAAACCUUCCUCCUCGGAGAAUCAAAAGCCGCUGGCCACAAGCUCGCCCCCCCGCCCGCGUGCAAUUCAGGGCCGGCAUCGGGCCCAGGGGUUACCCAGGCCACGACCGCUGCCUCCCCCACCCCCUACCAGUACAAAGACCAGAGUACCUGACCCCUUGCCCAGAGCAGUGGGCAGGACAAGAGAUAGUGACUCCAGUAGUGAUCAGCCGGUAACAUACACCCGUGAACGGUUGCAGGAGACCAUUGGGCGGGUACGUAGUGGCCUCUUCGGACCUGCACCACGCACCAACAGUGCCCCAGAGCUAAGUUCUGCAGGACGUUCUGAAAUUAGACAUACCUCUGGCCGUCGUUCUAGCAGGCCCUUAGGCAUUGCCCCUGAAAGCCAUGAACAGUCACACGAACAGUCUCAGGAGCAGUCUCCAGACUCAUCUAGUGGAUUUGGUAGUAAAAAUACAUCCCAGCAGCAAAGCUCAUCACAGUCAGGACAGUCAUUGUCAGCAUUAGGGCUUGAUUCAUCUCGUCUAGAGGCUUCGGAGGUCACCGAGACGGCAGAAGCUACUGAUAUAUCACCACAAGCCCCACCUUCAUGGCUCUUGGCGGCUCCUCGGAGUCGUCCUGCACCACUGGUUCGACCACGACAACCACCACCGUAUGAGGAGUGGGCUGCACGACAGGUCUUGCCUCAGUUCCGAAUGCCUGCUAUAAUAGGACCUCGGCUGUCAAGCAUAAAAACAGGUAUGAUGGGAAGACGGCAGAGAUUAGGGUCUUCCGGGUUAGAUGCCAGUGUAGACUCAGGCACCUCAGUCCGAGUUUCUCCGCGCCCUCCACCAAUUACCAUACCUGUUUCUCCACAGCAGCCACUAGAUGUUAGUGUGGAUGACCAUUAUGAGUUUGAUACGGUGCUUAGUCCAACACCUGGGGAGGAUGCCGCAGCAGAGUGGUCAAGGACCCGUAUUCCAUCAGGCGAGCGUGGCCUCAGCGACUCUGAGAUCUACGGGUCAGGUGGGCGGCGGCGCCAUGAGUCAAUGGAGGCACGGGUUGCUGCCAUGAAGCAGGAAUUUAAUGAAUACAGAAGAAAACAAGCACGUCGCCGACGCAGCCGUGAGCUUGAGAGUGUGUGCUAGUAGGAACUGAAAAUUGGAGAUACAGUUGUUCGUGUGUGUGUGUUUAUAUAUAUAUAUGUGUAUAUAUAUAUAUAUAUAUAUAUAUAUAUAUAUAUAUAUAUAUAUAUAUAUAUAUUACAUAUAUACAUAUAUACAUAUAUACAUAUAUACAUAUAUAUGUGUGUGGAUAUAUGUAUGUAUGUAUAUGAAUUGGUGACCUGAAAUAUUUAUCUCCAUAACAGUGAGAUUAUGUGUUUUUUGUGAAGUUGCAUUCAGUGAUGAGUCUUUCAAAUGUGGAGGGACGGGCAAGGCAGGCCAGGCGCCGCCGCCACAACCAGUAAUACUCACUCUAGUGACGCUGCAAUUGCUGCGUCUUGAGAACUGUGCAAAUUGUUGAAUUUUAUAUAUUCCUAUUGGAUCUCUGUUUCGAAAAUUCUCUUAACUUUGUAUUGUAGUUAGAGAAGCCCUUUCAUGUGAUAACUACAAUGCCCACAUGACACGUUCAAGCAAAGUAUGAAGCACAAUUUCCCUGUCUCCACUGUAUCAUCUUCACUCUUGGGAACAUCCAGGCUCUCAACAUCUUAUCAUUUUAUAGGUCUUGCAAUUGAAUUUUAAUCAAACAUUUUUUCUUCCUUUAUAUAUUGAUAUAUUCUUUGGUUUGUUAAUAUUCAUAUAAAAGUUUGUGUGCAUGCAAGUGUAUGCAUAUUGUGUGUGUGUGUGUGUGUGUGUGUGUGUGUGUGUGUGUGUGUGUGUGUGUGUGUGUGUGUGUGUGUGUGUGUGUGUUCUCUCUCUUCCUUUUCCUCACUGUACUUCCUGCUCUUAACUACCUCCCAUCUUCCCAUUUUCUGUUUCUCCCUCUCUGUUUCUGUCCUUCCCAUUAUCUUCAAAUGCUAAGACUUAAUCUAUUUACCUUGAAUUUUCCAUGCCUCUUUCUUUGUUUGAAAAGGAUUAUUUCAUUUAAUUCUGGAUGCUUGAUACCUGAUGUCUAUGUUUCAAAUGUACAUAAAUGUAAAGAUUCAAUUUUAUGAAUUACUAAGUAUAAUUCAGAUGCCUCACUUUUUCUCUUUAUCAAUUCUCAUUUCAGAUUAUGCUGAGUGAUUUCUUCAUAUAUUUGAUACUUGUAUUUAAUAUUACUGUGUUUUAUGUAAUGCCCGGUUUUCUUUAGUUUUUGAAACUUUGCAGUGUAUAGUAAUUUUGAAAGACUUCUAAUUGAGUUACAAAUAUUAGGUGGCAUUAUUAUUACAAUUAAUGUCUUUCAUCUGAAGGUAUUAUUAGAGAUUGUGUGGUAAAAUCCAUAUGGCAAUCUUAUUUUCAUGCAUUUAUAUUUUUCGUAUAUUUCUUUUUUUCUCUCUCUCUUAAUUCUUGUAGUACACUUAUGCUAUAAAUUCAAUGUAAAUUUCAAUUUUCUGUUUUAUGCACUGAAUGUACCUUCAAAACUAAUCCUAAAAUUAAGAAGUAACUGCAACUACAUUAUCCAGGAAUGCUACAUGAAACAAAAUAUAAAAUAAUCCAAAAAUCAAGGUAAAAUAAUGCAUCUUCUAAUUACCGAAAACAAUAUAUUUAUCAUAAUUGAAUUCAGUGUUUUGCUAAGUCAUGAGUGUUACUGUUUUAUCUCUUUCUUCCAAGAAUUCCAUAAUUUAUAAGAGAAAUUAUGAUUUCUAUAACCCGGUGUUUUGAGUACUCAUCACAGCAGUUCUUAUUCCAAGGUCAGGAUUUGUUCCUCAUAGUGAAGUUGAAGUCAGUGCCAGUUCAGUUCAGAAAUAUGGAGGAAAUAACCUGCCCUGAAAGAGUAUUCUUCUCUCUCUCUCUAUUCUCUCUCUCUCUCUAUUUCUCUCUCUCUCUCUCUCUCUCUCUCUCUCUCUCUCUCUCUCUCUCUCUCUCUCUCUCUCUCUCUCUCUCUCUCUCUCUCUCCAAUUUUCUUUAUUAUCCUAAAGCUAUAGUUCAUGCAAAUUUUAAGCAAUAUGUACCUUGUUUCAUGACUUUUGAGCUAUUUUUUUCACAGAAUGCUAUUAUCUAAAAAAAAAAAAAUGCUGAUCUUACCAGUGACAUUGUUCUCCAUGUUAUUUUAUGUGCAGAGAUUAUUCGUGAAACAUCCCUAUACAUAACAAAUCAUAUAUGAACAUUUGAUUUUCUUUUGCAGUAGCCAGUUAAAAAGUUAUGAAUAUAUAUAUAUAUAUAUAACCUGUAUGACAUUGAUACUGAAGUUUUAAAAAAUUGGAUUAUUAUAAAAUGUGUCACAUAAAGGCCAACAAAAAAGGAGAUCACAUUAUUUCUCACCAUGUAUUACAUCGUAUUACAGCAGUUGCACAUGGAAGAGGAAAAAAUCAGUCAGAUUUAGUGUUCCAUAUUCCAUUAGGCUUAGAUUAAAUCUGCAAUAGAAAACAGUGGUGCACAUUAUAGUGGCAAAAUGUUUUGUGAAUAAUCUAUUUAUUUUAUUUUGUAUUUAAGAUUAUUUAACUUGUUUGACAGCAUCAGUUUUACUUCCUUUUUUUCUUUCCUCUCUUACUACAAACAUGUAAGUUUGAUGGGCGUUCUUGACUAUCUGAUGCUUUAUAUUAAAUGACUUGGCUGAUGAGAUGAUUAGCUGAGUUUCAUAGGAAUUUAAUGUUAAAGGUUGUUUGAUGCUGCCUAGUGUUCAUUCUACCAGUCUUUUAGUCAGGAUCACUGCCAUAGUUAGAUUUAAGUUUAUUAUUUGUUUCAGUAUCUGAUUUUUAUUUAUUUUUAUUUUUUAUCACUUUCUUCCUCUCACCAAUUUACUGUGUAGGUUUAUUAUUAGAUUGAAAGUAAACUAGUCUACAGUUAAAGAAGUGGAUUGGACAAUCGUUUCCUGAUGAAAAGUUGUGUUGCAUACAGUUUCUUACACCUUCAUACAUAAAAGCUGUAGUUACAGUUUAGCUGUACCUGAAUAUUGAGCCGACUCAAUAAGAAAACCAAAGUUUCAGAGUCAUAUGUGAGCCUGAACCUCUUGCAGUUUACCUUUAUUAUAUUUAGAUUGGUAUGUAAUUUAACGAUGCUUGCAGCCUCAGGUAUGGAUGACAUGGCACCGUUAAUAUUGUCAAGCUGUAUAAUUUUGACUUCAAGCAUGUUUUUGUUAGCCUCAUCCUUCAUAUACAUAACAAUAUAAAGUACCAUAGUACUAAAUUCAUAGUAUGAAUAUUAAAAGUUAAUUUAUGUGUAACAGAAUUAUUAUGGCAUAAAAUCUGAUUUUUCAAGAGGUGUCUUUGGCACCAAAGUUAAGAUAUAAAAUUGAAGAGAAAAAAGGAAAGUAUAAAUAAAGUAAUAAUUAGCUAUGCUAUUGUGACUCUCAUAGAAUGGUGCUCAAAGGUAAAAUAAUAAGUGUGACAUUUUUAACAGCAUCACAUUUUCUAGAUCACCAAAUAGAAUUUAAGAUUAAAUAGGCAUGAUUCAUAGUAUCCCAAUGGACUAGCGUGGCCCAGCAUUGUACCGCUUACUUUAUCUUAUGUCAUGCUUGCACAAUACUUUCUUCAUUAAAGUCAGUUAUUUCUUUUUAAUAUUAGAUGUCAUUCAUAUUAGAAUAAUCCAAAUUGAUUUGGAAGUAAUAUGGAAUAUUGAAGGAAAUUAUUGGGAUGCAACUCCAUAGGGGCAGGUUGCUGGUUUUAUGUAAAGUAAUGCUGCUAUGUUCGCUUCAGGUGAAAAAGCAACAUUAAAACAUGAUUUUAAAUAGUACCUACUGAAUAUGUGUAUAUGAAAAGCUUCUUUAAAGGUGUAUAGCAUACUUCAUAAAUUCUUUGUAAAUAGUACUCUAUGCGAUGUGAUUUUAGCAGUGAUAGUACAGUGUGGUCAUAGCUGCAAGAAUGUUAGCAAUUGGCACCCUUUUUUCUAUGAAUUCUUGGAUUCCCCAGUUUCUUUGAUUCCUGGGAUUCUAUUUUCUGUGAUUAGAUUCCGCAUCCUCUUUUCCCUGGAGUGAACACAGCGCCCCCUUCUGCCGCUCGCCAGUUUACGUGUAGUCAGUAGUAGUUAUCUAGCUAAACAGUACAGUUCAACCUGGACAUUGUUACUGUGUAUGUACGCUCAUGUUGUAUGGCAUGAAUAAGUAAAUAAAUGAAUUAUGUUGACAUACAAUAA